CGGGAAGUAGAACUUAAGUUGUGGACGAUAAAUGGCGAUGAUAUCCGAAUGUCCAAGGCCCGGUUCACAAACAGUAUAAGUCAGUUAAGUCUACGCAGCGUAGCAGGGUCAAAAUCUGCUGGUGACCGGAUAUCAGAUGUCACAGAUAAUCUCCAGUUAUUUUCCAAGAUUGGGUUCUACAAGGGGAUAGUUGUUGCCAUCAAAUGUUUGAACCCUCAGUGUAUAUCCCUAACACAGACUGAUUUACACGAACUAAAAGCGAUGCGAGAUCUACGGAAUGAGAACGUGAACACAUUUAUUGGCAUGUGUAUUGAAGAAUGCAGACCAUGCUUACUCACAGCAUAUUGUAACAAAGGUAGCCUUGAGGACAUUAUUGAAAAUGAAGAUAUCAAGCUGGAUUGGUUGUUUAAGGUCUCGCUUAUAAAUGACCUUACAAAUGCACUUUACUAUAUUCAUUCGUCUCCGUUACGUUACCAUGGCAACAUUAAAAGCAGCAACUGUUUAGUUGACAACAGAUGGGUGCUAAAGGUGACUGAUUAUGGGCUUACAAGAAUGAGAAAUCUAAAUAGGCGUCGUAAUCUUACAGAAUACAAGUAUUAUACAGGUAUGUUUUGGACGGCACCUGAGCUCAUAGACAAUAGCAUGCAGAUAAAUAUGGGUACACAAAAAGCGGAUAUUUACUCUUUUAGCGUUGUGUUGUUUGAGAUUCUAUACAGACGAAGUCCAUACGAUACCGUAGCAACCUCACCUGAAGAAAUAAUAAAACGCGUUCAAGCACGAGAAGUUCCGCCGUAUCGCCCAAAAAAUUUUAAUGACGAGGCUGAAGACAACAUUGAGAACGAUUGGAUGGUUGGCUACAACACGAGAAAGAGGAUGAUCCAGUUACUGAACGAAUGUUGGUCGGAUAAACCAGAAUGUAGACCGCCAAUGUCAGACAUUAGAUAUGUAACAAGAGAAUUACGUCAAGGGAGGAAGGUGAAUAUAGUAGACAAUAUGGUUCUUAUGUUAGAAAAAUACGCUGUGAAUCUGGAGACCAUUGUAGAGCAGAGAACAGCUGCGUUGAUCGAGGAGAAACAGAAAACUGACACCCUACUUUACAGAAUGUUGCCUACGACAGUUGCUGAAGAUUUGAAAUGUGGGAAAAUUGUCAGACCGGAAGUAUUUGAAAAUGUUACCAUAUAUUUUUCUGAUAUUGUCGGAUUCACUGCUUUGUCGUCAGAAAGUACUCCGAUAGAAAUAGUGGACUUUUUGAACGAUUUGUAUUCAGCAUUUGAUGCAAGAAUAUCACAACGUGAUGUCUACAAGGUAGAAACUAUAGGUGAUGCAUACAUGGUUGUCAGCGGCCUGCCUGUUAGAAACGAGCACAGACAUGCCGAAGAGAUUGCUUUAAUGUCGCUGGAUCUGCUAAAAUGUGCAAAAGAGUUCAAAAUAGAGCACAGACCGGAAACAAUACUUCAACUAAGGAUUGGUAUAAACACUGGACCAUGUGCAGCAGGUGUGGUCGGGAGAACUAUGCCACGGUACUGUUUAUUUGGCGAUACUGUAAACAUUGCGAGCAGAAUGGAGUCAACUGGUGAAGCAAUGAAGAUUCAUCUAAGCCAGAGCGCCAAGACAGCUCUCGACCUUUGUAACAAAUUUCAAACUGAAGUGAGGGGAUCAAUAGAAAUAAAGGGUAAAGGAAGUGAAAUGACGUACUGGUUGAUAGGAUCCAAAUGCUGAACUGUUGCUACGUAAGAGAAAUAUUUACGAUGACAACUUGUGAACAGCUGAACAGUCACAUAAACUACUACAACAACAACAACAACUAAUGUUUUUUAUUUCUAUUUAAUAAUAACCCUAUUUUAUUGAAAGACCCCUAUGGCAAUUCAUUAACUGACAAUUCAAUGCUAUGUUUUUGAACGAAAUAAAUAUGUUACUAAGCAACUGAAGUCUCCCUAGCCCACCGGUCCCUUUCCCGCUAUGCCAAACUUUUUUGUUUAAUUAUCUUCUAUAAUGCAUUUAUUGAUUUUCUAUGAUUUCCUUUACUGAAGGGUCCUGAACUACCCGUCCUUCACCCUUGUGCCUUUUUCUAUUUUUGUUCGAUGACCUGCUGACUUCCUAGUUAGUGGUCCUUAAUGUAUUGACUUUGUUGGGAAUACUGCCCUACCUUGACCGAUUUUUGUUCUCAUAUUUUGUUGUUAUUGUAGGUAUUAUGACGGUGCUGAUUGUGAUGGGCUUUUGUACUUUUUCAUGUUAGAAUUCAACAAAUGUUAGUUUUUGUUAAUAAGUACUAAUCUGAUCAUCAGAUAACAAGUAAACAAUUUUUGAGCACUUAAAUAUUUCCUUUGCUAAAACAAAGUUAAAAGUACUUGUAAAAUUGAAAUAAAUACAAUGUUAUACCAAUAACAAUAUUUAAAUACAUGUAAAUUAAAUCCUUAAUACAAAUAAACAGAACCUAAAACCAUUGAAAUUGUUCUUACUUUGUUUGAAUUGUAAGUAAUAACCAUAUUAUCAGAGUUUAUCUUGUGGAAUUCUAGGGUGUUUAAACUUCUUUGUGAUUAAUUAGUCGAAAAUGUUACCAUAACAUGGAAAUUUUUGUGCGAUGAAGA